GAAAAGUUUGACGACGCAAUUCAACUAACGUACACGAUAUGGAGAUUGUGUUUUGGAAAAACUAGCCAAGCCUAACCGCAACCUAGCCGGUGGCCUAACCGCGUUGUUCUACCACGUUCGUUUAUGUAAAAGUGUGUGUGCGCGACGUUGUGUGUAUUCAAAUGAGGCCUCGGAAACGAUAUCUCGAUGCUGGAGGAGAUGUUACUGACCUUGCCUACACUACAAGGAAAAGGUUAUUUGCAAUUCCGUCUGUGUCGCAUGCGGUAGACACGGCGACGCAGCAGGCAACCGUUCAAGAUCGCGCAUGUUCCGUACCUUUAGCGACUUGCAACCCGGCGGAUUUAGAGUCUGACGAAGAUUCUGACGUGCCUUCAGCAUCACCUCCGCGCGAAGAGAGUGGACUAAGUUCUUGCGGCGUGCUGCCGCCUUAUAAUGAACCCACGCUGCAGCCAGAACCAGCCGAGGAGGAAGAGCCGACGCUGAGUCCCGACGACUUGUUGGCGCUGGCUGUGAAUUUCGCCAUCGAGUACGCGCUUCCGUGGAAAGCGGUGGAAGCACUGCAGCGACUACUUGCAUACGUCUUGCGAAGAUCUGAUUUACCGGUAACAAAAUUUCUGUUCAGAAAAAACGCCGGUAUCAGCAGCGACGCCGCCAAGUUUCAUUUUUAGUGCAGUGAUUGUAAGUCUCUCGUAGCUGAGACAUCGGGACUCCUGGCUGAGCGAAAUGGAACUCGGGGCAGCUGCAGUGCGUGCACUAAAGGGUACUGCGGGCGCGAGAUGAUGCGUGACGGGCAUUUCUUUGUCAGCCUCCCGUUGCGCCAACAAUUGGAGUCUGUACUUUCGUCAAAAGAACUAGCAGUUUCCCUCCGAGAAAGGCUGGACCAUAUCGAAGACUGCUGCAGAAGUAGCGAAACAAAUGAAAAAAUGCAGGACGUAACGGGGGACGGGAAAGCCUACCGAGCCAUGCGCCAGAAACUAAAGAAAUAUGACCUCAGUCUUACUGUUAACUCCGAUGGAAGCCCACUGUUUAAGUCUUCAAAGUAUUCAGUUUGGCCAGUUCAGGUGACAGUCAAUGAACUGCCGCCACAUAUCCGCAGCAAACAUGUUUUCACCACACAACUUUGGUAUGGGCAAUCGCAUCCUGAAAUGGGACUGCUAAUGGGGCAGUUUUGUGCAAGAAAUGGAGGACCUCAUGCAGGGUGGCAUCACCUGGACGGAUGGCACAACAUUCAUCUCUUCGCAGGUCCACCCCUUCAGCUGUUCUGCUGAUGCCCCAGCAAGGGCAAUAAUGCAAAAUAUGCGCCAGUUCAAUGGACGUUUUAGCUGUGGCUGGUGCUUGCAUCCUGGGACCAUUGUAGAUGGAACCAUUAAGUACACAAUUGACGAGCCAGUGCCAGACAGAACAAUGGAAGAAACCAUCAAUGCCAUGAAGACAGCAGCACGCACAGGGACAAUUGUUCAAGGCAUAAAGGGUCCAACUCCAUUAAUAAAUAUGCCACACUUUGAUAUAAUCUGGGGAUUCACACCAGAUUACAUGCAUUGUGUGUUGCUGGGAGUUGCACGCCAGUUUACAAAACUGUGGCUCUCCAGUGUAGGCCAGCCCUACUACAUUGGGAGGGCAGCACUGCUCAGUGCUGUAGACAAGCGGCUGUGCAACAUAAAGCCACCAUUAUGUUUUAGACUGCAGCGUACCCUUUCCUUACAGAAGUAUUGGAAGGCUACUGAGUGGCAGCAGUGGCUAUUGUGGUUUUCACUGCCUUGUUUAGACGGUAUUUUGACUACCGAGUAUCUUAAGCAUUUCACCUUGCUUAUUAAGGGAGUGUCACUACUGCUGAUGGACAAUGUUAGCAGCACUGAUGUCAGUGAAAACGCUAGCCUACUAGUGAAGUUUGUAGUGGGUGUGCAGUUUCUUUAUGAAGAAAAAGAAAUGACAUUUAAUGUACACCAGCUUUUGCACUUGCCCAAGAGUGUGGUACUGCAGGGACCACUUUGGUCACAUUCCUGCUUUGUAUUUGAAUCAAACAUAGGGCAUGUGAAGGAGCUGGUCACAUCUGCAAAAGGAGUGCCAAUCCAAAUUGUGGAACGGCUGUUGAUGGCUAGCUCUUUUGCUAGUCUUAAAGCAUCAGCUCUCCCUCAGACUAGAGAAUUUUUAACCAAAGACAAUGGUGCAAAAUGUGGGGCAGUUGUUUCUAUGAUUGGCAAGCCACGGAAAACACUGCAGCCAGUUUUGAAUUUGGUAAUGAACCAUAUUGGCUGCGUGACAAUUGGCCCCAUUGUAGAACACGACAAAGUUGCAGUAUCUCGUUAUGUUUUUCACAGCAAACAGUACAAAAGACCAAACAAAACAGACUGCACUGCCGCAAUGCUUCCUUCUGGGGCAUGUGCAACAAUUUCUCACAUCCUUGGGUUUAAAGACAUUGCUGGCAAAGAGAGAGUUUUUGCAGUAUGUGAAAAAUUUGACACGUGUCAGACUGAAGCUCCCCAUAUUCACAAGGCCCAAGGACUGCAGUCCAGCCAUGUUUUUGAGGUAAAGUCUGGCAUUGUCCCAUGUCUUUACAUGGAGAUUGAGCAAGCAAUUUUUUUUGCACCACUUGCUUUUAAAGCCCUGUUUAAAAACCGGUGAUGAAUUAUAAAACAUGAGUUUAAAGGAGCACUUUUCUUAAAGAGGCCCUGCACCACUCUUUAUUAAAGUUGUCGCAUGUUUUUGGUAUUAAAGGGCAUCGCUACGCGAACCUUUUCAAGCGAGUCACAUAUGAAGAUUUACCCACGAUGUUAAGUGCUAAAAAGUUGUGUUGUAAACCUCUUUUACAUUCUUUGCGGUUAUUUUAUGUGCAUUGCAGACAAGGACAAAAGCGAUAGGACACACACAGCUUCAAAUGUUUAGUCACUUUUGUCCUCGGCAGCACACCUAGUAAUCUGCUAGUAAUGGAACAUCAUCAAGCCCAAAUUGCCAUUUUAAUUUAGAACAUCUCUUUUAUGUGCUUACAACUGUCAACAUACAGUGAUUAAUUAUUCUUAUUUUUGUCAAUGCUGUGCCCUUGACCAGCCGGAUUUGAGCAGUGUUUAUUGCUUUUUAUGAAGUGAAUAUAUUAAAGUCAUAACGGUGCAUGAAUGGGGUAGUGCUACGAAUAGGUGGUGCGAGUCGCCUACCAUUAGUGGGAACACGUGUAUUCAAGCAGAGCUUCAAGCAUUUUUGAUGUGAUGUGAAAUAAGUGGCUGAUGUAACAUAAUAGGCCCAUGUGUGAUCUUUAUAAAAACGAGGCUACAGGUCUCAGUCAGAUAUAUGCUGCUGUAAAACUGAAUCACUGUUGGACUGCUGUGUUAAUUGCGUAUGACCUGUUAAUUUUUACAUUUGUACGUUUACUUCAUAAGUAUACUGCACCGUUGCAGCAAAUCACGUCAAUGCUGUUUUUUUAUUAAUUGUGUGCACCCAACAGUACAGUAGUAUGAAAUGUCACUCAUUGUUGUGUUUGUAAUAAUCCAUUGUUCAAGAUGAGACUAACAUGUGCAGUGUUCUUGUAUUCAACCUAUUUGCUAGCUUUAAAAUUGGUAUGCAAUGUGGAUAUGUAUACAUAAUGGAACUCUGGGGUAUGUGCUUGUAUGUCUGAAACUUGUCUUGAUACUCACGAGAACAAAUUGAACCCUUGAGUGUGAUUGUUGAAAUGGUCCUUGAUAUCUUACUCAGAAAAUUGAGAGCUUUUAAUGUUGCCCACAUCUUUCUGUUCUUUGUUUUUUUUAAAUAAAAUGUGUUCUAAUAAA